AUGGUCGACAUCAACAUCAUGGAGAAGGCGACGUCGGGCGAGGUGCUUCAUGACUUUGGCGCGCUCAACACGCUCCUCUUCGUCAUCAUCCUCGGCAUGUGCAUCGUCUGCGCCUACUUGAUCAAGGAGUACCGGUUCUACUACCUGCCCGAGUCGGGCGCCGCCAUGAUCGUCGGGCUCAUCGUCGGCGCAUGCGCGCGCCUGUUUUACCCGAGCCGCAAGGAAAUGGAGUUUCUGCGCUUCAACAAGCUGCUGUUUUACUUCUUCCUACUGCCGCCCAUCAUCUUUGAAGCCGGCUACUCGCUCCAUCGGAAAAACUUCUUUGACAACUUUAGUACGAUCCUGCUCUACGCUGUGCUGGGGACGAUGGUGUCGACGUUCAUUGUUGGGUUCUUGACCUUCUACGCUGGCCAGCUCGGAUGGAUCUCGAUCGAUACGUCAAGUCCGCUGGAGGCACUACUUUUUGGCGCGCUCAUCUCGGCAGUGGACCCUGUCGCAACGCUCUCGAUCCUCGGCAACCCCGAACUCAAUUUGGACCCGCUCUUGUACAGCCUCGUGUUUGGGGAGAGUGUCCUCAACGACGCCGUCUCGAUUGUGCUCUUCAACACCUUUCUCAAGUUUUACGAGUCGGGGCACGAAUUCACGCCAUAUGCGGUCGGCAUGCUCCUCAUCGAGUUUACGUUUAUCUCGCUCGGGUCGGUCGCGUGUGGAUUUGUCACGGGGCUGGGCUGCUCGCUCCUCUGCAAGAAUACCAACAUCAAAAAGUACCCCAAGUACGAGAUCGCGCUCCUCUUCCUCUUUGCGUACGGGUCGUAUUCGCUGGCCGAAGUCAUGAAGCUCUCGGGCAUCAUGUCUCUCUUCUUCUGCGGCAUCACGAUGGCCCACUACAACACGUACAACCUCUCGCCGUCGUCGCAGGUGACGGCCGAGUCGAUCUUUCAGAGCUUUGCGCUCGCAGCCGAAUUUUUUGUGUUUUUGUACAUGGGCAUGGGCAUUUGCGUCGGCCAAUUUGGCCGGUGGGACAUCACCUUUAUGGUGCUCGCGAUCCUCUUUUGCCUCAUUGCGCGGCUCUUCAACAUCUUCCCGUUCAGCUGGCUCGCCAACCUCGGGCGGUCGCAGAAGAUCCCGUUUCAAAUGCAAGUGGUCCUGUGGUUUGCGGGUCUCCGUGGCGCGAUCGCGUUCGCCCUGUCCCAAGACAUGCCCGGCGCCAACCGCGACGUGUACACGACGACGACGCUCACCGUGGUCAUUUUCACCACAAUUGUGUGUGGCGGCUUGACCGAGCCUUUGCUCAAGCAGACCAAACUCAAGAAGAGCGACGACGACGACGAAGAGGAUGACGAUGCUUCAUGUGCCGAAGACGAGUGCGGUCUCUUGUCAUCAACCGAGGUGUCGGACCACGCUGACGUGUCGCCACUUCAAGUCCCGCGCCGUCGCCAGUCGUCGGCCACGGAGCGUGUGGCCUCGCCAAGCUACCUCGGGUCGUUCUGGGGCAACAUUGACGAAACGUACCUUAAGCCAGUCUUUGGAGGUCAAAAAGCCCGCCGAGCGUGUGUAGACGACGAAGCCCACCACGAGUAG